CAUGGGUUUCGUUCUUGCAGUUUUUGUUGGAACUUGGAUUUUGGAAGUUAUCAUUUUGAUCAUGCAUGAUUUAGGGCCGGUUUAGUUUUGAUCUUCCCAUAAAGUACUAGAAAUGGAAGAUUUUACGGAAGAGCGACAAAGCGGGCCGCGAAAGGGGAACGGUCUUUUUGCGCGGAAAAAAUUCGAGAAGGGAGAUGUCGUGCUGCACGAGAAACCACUGGUCUGCUGUCAGUUCGCAUACAACGAAGACUGCGGAUACCGUGCGUGCGAGUACUGUUUAUCCCCCCUGGAAACAGCACAGGAGAAUGCGCAACGUCUCUCCGGUAUCCCCGCUCUAGCUCUCCCUCAUCCGGAGCUGGAUCCGGUCAAUCCGAAGAAUUUCCAGUCAUGUCCGGGGUGUGCUGUGAUGUACUGUUCUGUCAGCUGUAUGGACGAAGCAGCACGCCGCUAUCAUCGCACACUGUGCCACAAUCCGCAUGAUCCCGCGCAUCCACUGAAUAUCUUGCGGAAUGCAUGGAAAGAAAUCCAUUUCCCACCGGAAUCCUUCAAUAUUAUGAUUAUGGCUAAGGUGGCGGCCAUGUAUCAGCAAGCGGACGCGAAGGACCGCGAAGAACUGCUGCGAACCUUGAACCGCUUCGAAAGCGAUGCGGUCAACGCGGACGAAGGGAUUGCGCAUAAAGUGCUUGGGGAGCAGUUUAAAGUUCAACUGGAUGCCAUGCGAGUGUUGCUGGCCAGUGCUUUCAAAGACGAAGCGAUUAAAUCAUGGUGGAGCGCCAGUAAUUUCCUGUCCCUCUUUGCGAUCUUCGCACGGAAUGCUCAAGGAAUUGGCACAUCAUCUUUUGGAAUGUGGCAAAAGAAUGUAAACCACCUUCCAAAUGCCGAUAAAGAAACCACGGAAUUGAUUACCGCGGUGUACGUUGCUAUCGAAGAUAGAACAGGAGAAGAAUUCAUGGAUAACGAAGGUUCAGCUCUGUUUGUGCGGCAACGUGCCUGUAAUCACAGCUGCCAGCCGAAUACCCAGGUGAACUUCUUGAGCAAUGAUUUUACGUUGACCUUAACGGCUACACAGCCCAUAAAUCCCGGCGAUGAAAUUGUCAUCAGCUACCUGUCGGAAUGCCAGUUGGAGCGGAGUCGGCACAGUCGGCAAAAAGUUUUACGAGAACACUACUUAUUCCAUUGUACCUGUCCCAAGUGCCAGGCCGAGAGCAGUCAAGCGGACGUGACGAGCGGUGAAGAUGAAUGGGAGGACGAGGACGAUGAGGAGGCCAUGGAGGAAGGCGGAUGAGCAUUCGGAAGGUGGUGGAUAAUAUGCGCCUGAUGGUUUGGAGGUGAUUUCUCUGAACUUCCGUUGCCGGGAAAGUCUUGUUAGCGAACAUUUCCAGGUUUUGCUUUAGAUUGAAAAGUAAAACGUUUCGGCGGAAGAAGAACGUUUUCGGAAAAGCAGUGCGCUUUGGCUUUUGUUGUGCUGGACGAAAUAACAGUAACGGAAUUGUUUUUCUUAUGUAAUUUCAGAAUCCGUCUGGAAAAAUAUGAAUAAAUGUAGUUUUGAAAUUUGUUGCUGUUCUAAGAUACGCAGCCAAUAAAUACAGAAACGUUUCGUUGUGCAAUUUUAGAAGGAGAACGAGUUCAUGAAAAAUUUAUCGAUUUGAGUACGAAUUGUACGAGGGACGCAUUUGCUGUUUUUUCCAGACAU